UGUACCUGCCCAGACAACAAGACACCUAACCUAGCAUAAGUAAUUUGGCAGUAGGAAAAGCAGUGCUGACGAGAGCGAUAACCCACUUUCUCAACUCUCCAGCCUCCGCACGACACGACUACCCGACCACUACACACACCGGAUUAAACCACGCCGCAAAGAACUCGAGAGACCGACGACGGCACGACAAUGGCAGAGGAGCCUCCGCCGCGGAGUAAGCCGAAGCCGCCGAUGUCGCGUAUCAUGCGCCUAACCCUCAGGGUCGUGGACUACGUAUCCGACGCCACCCGCCGCGCCGACGGCACCGUCAACCGCCGCGUGCUCUCCCUGCUGGACCCUCGCGUCCCGGCCUUCUCCUCCCCGUGCCGCGGCGUCGCCUCCCGGGACGUCGUCAUCGACCCGGCCAUCCGCCUCCGCGCCCGCCUCUUCCACCCGGCCGCCAGACCAGCCGACAGCGCCGCGCCUCUCCCCGUGAUCGUCUUCUUCCACGGCGGCGGGUUCGCGUUCCUCUCCAAUGCAUCCCUGGCCUACGACGCCGUGUGCCGCCGCAUCGCGCGGUACGCCUCGGCUGCGGUGCUCUCCGUAGACUACCGCCGCGCCCCGGAGCACCGCUUCCCGGCGCCCUACGACGACGGCAUAGCCACCCUCCGCUUCCUCGACGACCCCAAGAACCACCCCGCCGACGUGCCGCUCGAUGCCUCACGCUGCUUCCUCGCCGGGGACAGCGCCGGCGGCAACAUCGCGCACCACGUCGCCAGACGCUACGUGGCCGACGUCGCAACGUUCAAGCACGUCCGGCUCGCGGGCCUCAUCGCCGUCCAGCCCUUCUUCGGCGGCGAGGAGCGGACGCCAGCCGAGCUCCGCCUCCACGGCGCGCCGAUCGUGUCCGUGCCCCGCACCGACUGGAUGUGGCGCGCGUUCCUCCCGCACGGCGCCGACCGUUCCCACGAGGCCGCGUGCUGCGCCACCCCUGAGGCAGCCGCAGGCGUAGACUCUCCGGCGUUCCCGCCGGUGCUGCUCGUCAUCGGCGGCUACGACCCGCUGCAGGACUGGCAGCGGCGCUACUGCGAGAUGCUGAUGGGCAGCGGCAAGGACGUGACGGUGCUGGAGUACCCGGACGGCAUCCACGCCUUCUUCCUCUUUCCCAUGUUCGACGACGCGCGGGACCUCAUGACACGCAUCGCCGAGUUCGUCGGCGGCGGCCAGUGACUACGACGCCUACUGUAAACAUUCUUGUUGUGGUUGGGAAGUUGGGUCUGUUGCGCAGUUUCGUACGUGUUACGACAUUUUGGUUUUGGCAUGGUUGAUUCAGUAUAUGAAGCGUGUUUGGUGAUUGUUAGCUGUA